AUGGUGUUGAGCAUGGAGUCUGAAGGUCGACCGGAGGCCAGGCCCAACGGGAAUACAAUCAGCAGCAACAAUAACACCGCCGCCGCCAACUCCAACGAAGGCUUGGGAGCGGGCCAGAAGCGCAACGGGGACGAGCUUCAGUCCGACUCUGCCGCCGUGAAGCGACGGGCAUCUAGAGCUUGCCUCUCGUGUCGUACCCGUAAAGUUCGCUGCGACGUGACCAAUCGCGGUGUGCCCUGCACAAACUGUCGUCUAGACACAGUCGAAUGCGCCCUCACUGAGUCCUGUCGAGGCCGCGUACGCAAGGCGACCACAACUACACAUGGAACAGAAGCGAGAUCGACGUCCUCGAGAUUAGAGCAUCAGGAUCUGGAUCCGCAUCCACGUGAAAAUAUACAGUCGCAAGUGCACACCCAUACCAAUCUCUACGCGCAAACGAAUGGUUCUUACGCCGAGUCGGCUGCGGAGGAAUUUCCAGUAUCCUUGACAUUUGAAGGCCUACGGGACGUUGCGGACCGCGAAGAAGACACACUUAACCGCCCAGACCAUGACAAUAUUGAGGCAUCCAUCGCCAGCUCAGCCGUUGAGGCCCUUCGCACAUCAUCAUCCGCGGGCCCCUCGCCAGCCGGCGGGAACCAAGGGCUGGCCCUGCCUCCGUACAUUCGACCAUUGCCGCCGCGGCUGAAGGCUGCUGAUCUUUACUACCUCAUGGCCAAGGACGCCCUCAGCAUACCAGACGAAGAGCUUCAGCGGCAGCUGCUACGGCAGUAUAUCCAGCACGUCCACCCCUUCAUGCCCAUCCUAGACCUUGCAGACUUCUUGCUACCGAUCGCCUGUCGCGACGCGUCGUCGGGCUCUCCAGUCAGCCUGCUUCUGUUCCAGGCGGUCAUGUUUGCUGGCGUGGCAUAUAUAGAUUUUGAAUAUUGUGCCUCAAGGGGCUAUGACCACCGUAAAUCGAUGCGCAAGCACUUCUUGGACAAAGUCCGAGUUCUCUACGAUCUGGACACGGAACCUGACCGUACAGCGCGACUGCAGGCCCUGCUCCUCAUGACAUACUGGUACCAGAGGGCCGAGGAUGAGAAGGACACAUGGCACUGGACAGGCAUCGCACUGUCGCAAAUCUACAUGCUGGGAAUCCACCGCGACCCCAACCAGCUGGAUGUCCCCCCGAAAACCAUGAGGCGAAGGAAGAGGAUAUGGUGGGCGUGUUACGUGCGUGACCGUCUCAUCGCACUGGGGAUCCGGCGGCCUGCUCGAAUAUGCGCAAGCGAUUUCGACGUUCCGGCAUUGACGUUGCAGGAUUGCGAGUUGGAGCCCCUGGAUGCGACUGUUACCUCCUUCCUGGGCGACCUCCCGGCGGUAGACGGUACGACCCAGAGGGAUCUUAUGCGUUGUUUCAUCGACCUCACGAGGCUGUGUGACCAUAUCGGCGACAUUCUGUCCACCCAGUAUACAACAGUGGGCAACAAUACCUGCAGAUUCAAGACGGAAGAUCGGAUGACCAUGAUGGUGGUGCCCCAGAGAUCAGCCCAGCAGAGAGAAGACAUGGCAAGCUGUGUUGCGAACCUGUAUACGUGGCAGCAGAAUAUGCACUCCACCAGUCGAUAUCGACCCAGCCGACCACGGAGCGAGCCUUUUCAAGAACCGGCUGAGCUAGAGAUUCAUCCUGUAGUGCAUCUGCAUCAGGCUAUGAUAUACAUGAUCUAUCUCACCGCCACUGCCAUCCUCCACCGGCCACGUGCACAGCAUGAACAGUCUCGUGGUGACGGCAUCAACAAUGAAAACGGCAUAAAUCUAUCGACGACGAGUCCGCGUCUCGGCCCAGGUACAGCCAACCGAGCCGGCACGAACAUAAGCACUGGCCCAUUGACCAGCCGCUCCGCCGACAAGAUAGCCGACGCUGCUGCUGGAAUCACAGAGAUAGCAUAUGACUUACACUACGGCCGGCAUGGCAACCAGCUGCGUUUUGCAUCCACCUCAGCGAUUCCAGCGCUGUUGUCGGCCAUUCUCAUCCACUUAAAUGAAAUCAGCUCGUCCAAGAAAGACCCCGUGAGGAGGUAUGUGGCUAUUGGUCGUUUCUACCAAUGCUGGCAAGCGCUCCAGUAUCUCCGGGACAUGUACGCUUCGGCAGAUCACGUUAUAUGGUUCUUGGAGGCUGUGAUAGAGAAGACCAACGUCGAAAUCCCCAUGCUGAACCUCACAACGACACCGCAUGCUUCUACAGCUGACUCCAGGCGGGUGCCCUCAAGCAAAACCACUGCCCAUCCGGCGUCACACCGGCGGACUGACCCUCCUCCCAGCCAGACCGACACAGCCAUCUCCGGGCCCAGCGACCAAGCCGGGCGCAACACCAUGAUUACGCCGGUUACACUGGAAAAUGAGCCAACUGGCGGCUCACAAUCUAACGGUGUCCAUGAUAUGCGUGGGGACUGUUUCCCGAAAAGGCUGCCGGUAUUCCAAGGUCCCUUCUCUCAACCACAGGCCAGCAUGAACGUGGGCGACCACCCCAUGGUGAAUGACCCGCAUGACGCGUGGACGAUCUUCGAUGACGAGGAUGACCUCCUGCAAGCCCUGGUGCAUUUCGAUGCAGAUCCGAAUUUCUUCCCAGCCAGCGGAUUUUGA